GCUUAUUUAACCGAUAAACAACGCCAACGCCGUCAAAAAAUUAAAGCACAAAUUACUAAUCAAGACCAAGUCCAGUUCAACAAAUAUUAUCAGGCUAACAGCAUUCAGCAGCAUCGUGGAAAUUAUGAAAUUGCGAGAAAUUGCCGACCAUCUUAUCAAGGAUUAUUGAAAUACCGCCCACGGAAAAUGAGAAAAGAAAAAAUUCUCGCCACCGCCCUAGAACAGCAAACCAAAGCCGCCCAACAAUGCGAAAAAGAAAUUCAAAGAGCCAAAUACCACGAGGAACGAGGAAAAGAAGAUUGUCAUUGUUCUUAUUGUGAGCAAAAAAGAGCAUUAAGAGCCGAAGUAGAAGCCGAACGAGAACAAAUGUGGAAGGAUUACGAGAAAGCCGAUAGAGCCAAAGAAAGGAAGGAAAAAGGAAAAAAGCGAGUAAAAGAUUAUUGCAUGGGUUGCUCCGAGUUAAGACUGUUGAGUGCGGACGGAAAACUUAUUAUGUUUAUAAAUACCGCUAUUAUAACAAUGGAGGAAGCCCAUCAGCAAAGUAAAAAUAUAGUCCUAUCAUCUGCCUGUUAUCAGAUUAAGCGCGCUACUUGUCCUUUCGUUA